CUGUCCAAUUUCCAAUAGUUGCUCAUUAAGUGCUGAGUUUGUUCGUUUUUAGUUUCUACUAGUGUCUAACGUUAUAUUCUUAUAUUAAAAUUAGAUAAAAUCUUAAAAGUAAAUGCAGAGUAACAUUGUGAUUUAAUUCAUUAAAACUAAUAGAAUUUGUGACCUUUUUUAACUGCGUAUAUCUUACAAGUUGCUACUAAGAGGUGUGGACACAGAAGUGACAAUGUGUCGGUUAUCAUGAAGCAGUAUCCUAUCAGCCACGCAACAUUCAAUGACUACCUGAUGAUGUACUUAGCCAAAUGGAAGCGGGUUGCUGUUGUACUGCUCUUUGUGUGGAUUGUUGUCACAUACCUCGUCAUAUCACCACUAAGAUGCAAUGGCGUGACAGACGACGUACUGGAAUAUCAAGAGCGGUGUAGGAGCCUGUCCUCGCAGCUGGAGUCGCUGCGUCAGCAGCACAGCAACCUAAUCGCUCAGAUCAGGAAGUCAUCGGGGUUAAACGGUAACCUCAAAGAUCUGGACCCGUCUCUAUUAGAGUCAGGUCAGGGCCCGAGUGAGGAGUAUGAGAAUCUCAGACGACGUAUUUAUUCCAACACCAAAGAAAUAUGGUACUACAUCAACCAUGAGAUUGGAAAACUUAUCGCGGAUGAGGUCAAGGCGGAUUCAUUGCAAGCGAUUCUCAACCAAGUAGCUGAUAGGAAAAGGUCGUUGUUAUCGGACCAAGAGAAGCUUCCAGAAUUAGACGGGUACAACGAGUGGCGGGAAACAGAAGCGGCAAAUGUGAGCGAGUUGGUACAGAGAAGAUUGAAGCAUUUGCAGAACCCCCCUGAUUGUAGGGACGCUAGGAAGGUCAUAUGUAAUUUGAAUAAGGGUUGUGGUUUUGGUUGUCAGUUACAUCAUAUCGUAUAUUGCUUGAUAUUCGCAUAUGCGACCGAAAGGACACUAAUCCUUAACUCUAAGGGUUGGCGAUAUAACAGUAAGGGUUGGGACUACGUGUUCCAUCCAAUCUCAGAUAGCUGUACCACUUCGUAUGAUGAUAAAGUUAUGCCGUGGCCAGUGAGCUACGACGCGAAGGUGGUGUCCCUACCGUUCAUAGAUUCAAUUUCUCAGAAGCCAAAGUUCCUGCCGCUUGCUAUACCGAAGGAUCUAGCACAUAGGAUAGUGAGGUUCAACGGUGACCCAGCCUCCUGGUGGAUAGGUCAGAUGCUGAAGUACAUCCUGAAGCCGCGCACCACCAUGCAGAAGGCGAUCAACGAGACCAUCGCCAAUAUGAACUUCAAGUCCCCAAUUGUAGGGGUACAUAUUCGGCGCACUGAUAAAGUGGGCACGGAAGCCGCUUUCCAUCAUAUCCACGAGUACAUGACUCAUGUCAAAGACUACUACGACCAGCUCGAGCUCACCCGCCCUGUUGAUACCAGGAGGGUAUACCUUGCUUCUGAUGAUGCAAAUGUGUUGGAGGACGCGCGCAAGAAGUACCCGGAGUACGAGUUCAUAGGGGACGCGUCGAUCGCGAAGACAGCCGCGACACACCGCCGCUACACCCCGCUCUCGCUGGCCGGUCUGCUGGUCGACCUGCACAUGCUCUCCACAUGCGACUACAUUGUCUGCACAUUCAGCAGCCAGGUGGGUCGCGUGGCGUACGAGAUAAUGCAGACGAACAGAGUGGACGCGUCGCAGAGUUUCUUCUCGCUGGACGACAUCUACUACUUCGGCGGACAGAACGCGCACGACCGCCGCGCUCUCAUGCCGCAUACAGCUAAUGCUAAAGAUGAAAUAUCCUUCCAGGUGGGAGACUUGAUAGGCGUUGCUGGUAAUCACUGGAAUGGUUUUGGCCGAGGCACUAAUAAGAGAACUAAUUUGAAUGGUUUAAUCCCAUGGUACAAGACAGCAGAUCAUCUGGUGCUGUAUCCAUUCCCUGAAUACAAACAAGUGCCUUUGUAUAGUGAUACACGACAAAAAGGAUAAAUUGAACAUAACUGAAAUGGACAUCAGACAACAGAAAAUGGACCUUACGUUAGAACUGUUAAAGUUCAAAAUCGUGGAAAUUAUUAACUCAAUUCCAUUAUCUGUUUCACUUGUAUUGUUUAUUGGAAUGUGUGCUUUAUGUGUGUACGUUAAAGUUGAUAUUUGUCGGAUUCACACGAUUUACUAAAAAAAAGGACAUUAUGGAUUGAAUAAACGAAAAAAUCUUACUUAAAGUUAAGAGAUGCCUAAAACUGUUAAAAACCACCAUUUAUGGUGUGCUUUUGACAUCAAAAUCUCUGUAUAAACAAUCAAAACAGAGAUAAGAUUUUAAACGGACAUUUUGGUCUC